AUGCGUCCCUCCGCCGUUUCUAUGGGCAAACACUUUGGACAGCUUGGAAAGAUGUAUGGUGAAUAUCGCUUCGCUCUGUCACCAAACGAGCAAAAGGCGUUCAAGGGAUUCUUUGACCAAGCGAUUGUCAAGGUCUUCAAAACUUAUGUAUGGGAUCAGUGGUACUACUAUAUCCCUCAAACUAUUGCCGCUUAUCUUCUAUACGACUGGGCCAAGAAGACGAACUACAAAGUCAACCGAAAGAAUCCCGCCGACUACGCUAAUGAUCAGUAA